UUUUACCCCACCCACUCCCCACGCCCCACGUCCGGAAGGAGUCCUCACGCUUGCCGCGGCUUGGUACUUCUAUGCCGGACAGAUGUGGAACCAUUCUUGCAUCCUGGGGAUAAAUUUCAGUUGAACAUGGUGACCUUCUGAUGUGCUAUAGAAUUGAGUUUGCUUGUAUUUCGCUGAGAAUUUUUGUAUCCAUAUUCAUCAGUGUGCUGGAACUUCUCUGCUGGACUCUGAAGUUGCACAGAAGGAUUCUUCUCGGGCAACUUUCCUUUGAUGAUUUUCAAGGAAGCUGGGCUACGAAGUGGCAAAAGUCUCUAGGAAGCAGGAUGUCAAUGCCUCUGGGGAAACAGAUCUUUCUUACCAGCGUGGCGGCUAGCGGGGGCUACGCCCUCUUGUACUACCUGAUACAGAAAACUUUUUCCAGGGCUUCCUAUUACCAGCUGGCGUUGGAGCAUCUGCACAGCCACCCUGAGGCACUGGAAGCUCUGGGCACUCCUCUCAACGUUCACUAUCUCCGACUCACCGACAAGUACAACUUCGUGGACAUUGCCUAUGCAAAGUUGAAGAUUCCUGUCUCUGGACCCAAGUCAGAGGGCUAUCUCUAUGUCAGCUCGUCCAGAGAUGCCCCCUUUACGAGGUGGAACCUUCAGGAGGUCUUCUUAGAGCUCAAGGAUGGCCAGCAGAUUCCCCUGUUCAAGCCCAGUGGGGAGAACAGCACGAGCUGAAAAAGGAGUGAAGGUGAUCAAAGACCAGCCCCUCCUAGCCCGGCCUCCCUCCUCACCAGGUGCGGCCCCGUGGCUGCAGGCCAGCCCCCAGGUCGGGCUGGCUGCUCAGGAUCAUUCUAAUUUGACCCCUGCUGAUGUUUUUAAUUUCAUCAGAAAGUUACUAUAAUUUAUAAGAAUUAAUUUGAAAGUUUUCUGUAUAGAAGCAAAGCACAGAAUAAAAGGAAUCAGUAUUAAUAAUGUUGAUUUCUCAUCUCUUUUCCUUUUCUCCCCCCUACCCCAGCUUUCAGCCCUAUCAAUGAGAAGGUUUUCUAGUACCAAAAAGGGUUUUAAUUGUUAACCGCAGAAUGCCGAGGGAGAACAAGCACUUCUGUUUGGUCGUUCUAUGUUAAUUAAGUAGCUUGUGGAUGUAUCUAAAGCACUUGGAAAUUAUUAAUUUUUGCUUCACUGUUGUUUUUAUUUUCUUGUUUUAGUCACCAACUGUCUGCCUGACUGAAGAGUUACAAAAUAACUGCUUUAAUCCAAACAUUUUGAAAGCUUAAAGUAUUUAUAUGUACAAAAGCACAUGUGAAACAUAGGAAAGUUAGUUUAAAGCUAACAGGCCCUUACACAUCUUUUUUCCACAGAAUUUAACCAUAUAGUAGAGAAUCUUACCUGUAGGUUUUAUCUUCCUUCCCUCUGAGCACCAGAGCCUAAAAACCCCAGAAAUCUGCCACCUUUGCUUUGAAAAGGCCAAUUUAACCCCCUCAGUAUUACUAAUUAUUAAUGCAGUUGUAAUAAAGGACAUUCAUGAGCUCCUUUACUGUAUUCUUAAUAUUCAUUGGAGGGGAGCCUCUCAGAAAAGAUUAAGCUUAAAUAUGCCAGUACAAGGCCUUUCAUCGUUAGAAGUUAUUUCCGUUCUGUAAUUUCCUUCUUUAAAAAAUGUGCUCUUUGCAUAGAUCAUGAAGUGAAAAAGCCUUUCUUUCCCUGAGAGCUUUUGUUGAUAAAUAUUACAAUCUGUAGUCUUUUUUGUGCUGCUUUAUUCUUUAACCAUUAUGUACCGUUCUGUUGUAUACAUGUCACUUUAUAUAGUGCCUCAUACCUGACUGUUCUGUAACAGCUUUUACUUACUUUCAGUGUUUGCUGGAUUUUUUCUUGCUGUGGCCAAGCCACAGAAAACCAGGGCCUGAGUGGACCAUCUGUUCCGAAGUAAAAGCAAGUAAGUUUUUGUGUACAAUUUGUAUGAAGAGGCUUUCCUAACCCAACUGACAGGAAGUAGUAUGUAGUGAAAAGAUCCUUGAUUUCUGUUUGAAAGUCACCAUCUUGGGUAUUUUUUCCAGUUAAGCGUAUUUCCAUGUACUUCUUAAUGCCUUUAUGGUUGAUUGUGAACAGGCUGGAACCCGGUCCUUGCAAUAGACAUUGUCCUUUCUUUUCUUGAAGCAAUGCUGUAUACCUGCAGCUCACUACUUCCUUUGUGUCCAGUAAUCACUGUGAUUCAGCCAUGGACUCCCAGUAAUGACCUGGAAGACAUCUUGGAUGAUGCACCUCAUCAGAGGCAAAGGAGACUUCUCACUGUUUGAGCAAGUGUUCCCAGCACACCCCAUAGAGUCAGCCCAGCAGUGACUGGAGAAAGGGCUUCACUAGAAUUGUAAGAAUUACAGAUUUAUGAAGACUGCAGCAGAGCGAUCGCAGCUGACACAUGGCAGUAGGACUCCCACGUGCCUUCACUCAGAUGCUGUAUGGUCUCUGCUCACAAGCGGCUUACCUAAUACUGGACUAGAAGAGUUCCAAGCAGCGGUGCUAAAACGAGGUAGGAGAGAGACCGAUGAGGAGGAAUCCAGGAGGCCAGUCAGGUCACUCCUCCUUCUUGGUGGGCUGGUGACCUCAUGGGCUUUGAGAUCUAAGAUUUCAGACGUGAUGGAGGCUGCCUUGCAAAUAGAAAAAACGGGCCUCAGCAGGGGAGGUGUGAGCUAUGCUCCAGAAAGAAGAUCUGCCAUUUGGCCAGUGUAUAGGUUAGCUGAAGAUACAGUAAAAGCAAGCCCUGGACAGGUGAGGGACCAGAGCGUGAAUGCCAGCAUUAGCAUUUUGCAUUGAGCUUGUAGCCAUCAGGUUCUGGAGUAAGUAUAUGAUUCUACUGUUAAGGAAGGUUUAAGAGACUGUGCUGAAUUAUACUGACAAGACCUGUACGACUUCCAAAUAAAUCACAUUUUACUGUCA